UCUCUCUUCUCUCACAAAUAUCACAGACAGCCCCCUGUUUUUUCUCCUUAAUUUUUCUCUGAUCUCUAACCGUCCGAGAAUCUCAAUGCCUCCUCAUCACGACUACAACAACCAAACGCCGGCGGUGGUACCACCACCAUUAAAAGCGAAUCCAAAGGUCCUGUCGCUCCUCCUGAAGGCCAUCAUCAUGAUCCUCCUCACCUCCCUCUUCUUCCUCUUCCUAGGGCUCGCCUCCGCCGCCUUGCUCCUCCUCCACCUCUCCCUCUCCUCCCACCGCCAGAACCACCGCCGCUCUUCUCUUCCCUCCACCACCCCAUCUUCUGGGCUCCCCCCCAAGGACCUUAACGCGCUCCCCCACUUCAGAUUGAAGAAGGACGUCCGGAAGUACGGCGCCCUAGAAGGAGACGAAUGCGUGGUCUGCCUCGACGCCUUCAGGGACGGCCAGUGCUGCAGGCAGCUCGCCGCGUGCGGUCACGUCUUCCACAAGAGGUGCGUGGACUCGUGGCUCCUCAAGGUCGCCGCCUGCCCGAUUUGCCGGGCUCGUGUUCGAUUAAAUGCGGCAACUAAGGGUUUGAUGUUGGGUAUGGAGGACGAGGAUAAGCAGUCGUGGGGGGUUUGGUAGGGCUUGUAAUUAUUAUAAGUUCUGGAAACUUAAGAGAUUUUGUACCAAAUGUGAUUUCUUUUUCGCUUUUUUUUUUUUCCUCCGCUUAAUGUAUAGUUUCAGAUAUAAUUUGUUGAUAUGUUUGUUUUGAUUUUUA